UCAUCAACGCGCAAUUCCACGGCUCCUGGACACCACGAGCAGAGAAUGGCGUCUGUGUUAGCGAGUUUGCAUACAAGAUCAACAAGACGGAUGUCGCUUCCAGUCCAAUUUUCUGGUACUACGUCGUGUCCAUCCUCUUCGACGCGACAUGCAUGCUCACCAUCUGCCUCUCGCUCAAGAAACUGGCGCGAAGAUCAUCCGGGUUCUCGAAAUUGAUUAAGCAUCUACCAUAGCUUGGGAUACUUCAUCAUUAUUUUCCUUCUCUUCCUGCUGGGGAUCAUUUGGCUGCGAGUGCAGAAUGCGUACUGGGCGGCCAACUUUAUCCAGAUGGUCCAAGCUUCGAUCGUCAUUCGCAUCCUCAUCUCGGAGCAGAAGAAGGCACAGCGACCGCACGAUACGAGUUUUCUCGAGGACGGCUACGCGUCUGGCUAUGGCGCGGACACACGCACCUGUCCGGGCCUGGGAGCAGAAACGUACGAUGAGGGAUAUGCGUCCGACUCGCGCUUUGGCCCCCAUCAAGGGCGCUCGGCCAUCAGCCGGCGGCCCGUCCUGUCGGGCCGAAGCAGCGGGCGGGAUGAGGAGGAAGGGUACGAGAUGAAAGAAAGUGUCAAGGAUGAAAAUUUACCCUCGGUUCAGCAUCACGAUCUUCCGCCCACACGGCCAAAGGAAGUAGAUCUAGCGCCACAUCGCCAGCAUUCGGAAACCGAGGAGCAGCAGGAUCCGGCUCAUGUAGAAGGCCGGAGCGGGAGUGAGCGUGGUGGCGGCGGCGGUGAUAGUGGCAUGCACGUACGCGCGCCUUUGCGACAGCAGGACAGCGAUUAUGGAGGCUCGACAGCCAUCUCGUCUGAUGAUGGCGUCGCCGCGGGCGCCAGGGGGUUUGCAGCAUCGGCAGAUAACCGGGGCCACAGGGCGGACCAUCCCCGGACGGCCCCCUCGAAGGUCAACACCACAACAAGCAAUGAUGGCGAUGGCAACAAGCACGGCACGCAGUUCAUCGCAGUCGAGGUACUGCAGCGGUGAUCGGCAGCAGGCAAAUGAAUUGCGCGCCGUCUAUCUCGCCCCGCCCUGCCUGCUCCCUCUUCUGUAUGAGACUCUCUUAGCACGGCAGAGCCAUCGCACCUCCUCAGCAGCUUCAAGUCCCGCACGUCAG